AUGUCAUCCCGGACAGAGUUUGGUUCCCGAGCCGCAUCAUUGGCGUCGAUAAUCUCGGAACACACCGCCAAAGUCGAGGCGUACCACAAGGAGAAUGACAUCCCCUCUCUCAAUUUCGACCCGAAAGAUACUUUCAUUGACAUCAAGUAUCCAAAAGAUAUUGAAGCCUCCAAGACUGCUGUCCUUGAUGCUACUGCGGAGCUGAAUGACCUCUUCACCGGUCCGAGGGCUCUCGUCUCCAACCCUGGUUUCCCACUACUGGUGAAGUUUGUCACCCUCCGUUUCAUCUACCAGUUCAAGUUGGUAGAAAAGGUUCCCCUGGAUGGCGAGAUCAGCUAUGACGAGCUGUCCAAGGAGACUGGCCUCAAGGCUACCACCUUGCAGCAGCUGCUCCGCGCAGCUAUGACCUUUCAGCUGUUCAGGGAACAGAGACCAGGCUACGUCUCUCACACGUCGGUGACGCUCUUUCUCCUGCGCAGCGAGGUCUUCAGGGACUGCACCGGCUUUACCACUGAGGAUAUGAUGCCCGCGUGCUUUGCCAUUGUCGACUCUCUCUUGGCUGACCCGACGGCCAGCGACCCUUCCAAGUCUGGGUACAUGAUUGCCCAUGGCGCCAGCGACCCGUCCUUUUACAUGCACCUGGCCAAGGACGCGGAAAAGAUGCGUCGCUUCACCAACUGCAUGAGCCAGGCCACCGCCGGUCCACAGUGGUCGAUGCACUACCUGACUGACUUUUUUCCCUGGACCUCUUUGGAAGCGGGCGCCACCGUCGUCGACGUCGGCGGCUCCACGGGCCAGGCUGCGUAUGCCAUUGCGGAAAAGGCUCCCGAGCUGCAGCUCAUUGUGCAGGAUACGGCCGAGGCGAUGGCAGCGGCAGAGCAGCAAAAGGGGCAGAAUGGAGACCGGCCAGACAGCGGCAACGUUCGGCACAUGGCGGCCAACUUUUUCGAGGAACAGAGCGUCAAGAAUGCCGAUGUCUACCUGUUCCGCUCCGUUUUCCACAACUGGCCUGACUCGCAAGCUGUCGGCAUCUUGAAGGCCCAGAUCUCGGCUAUGAAGCCCGGAGCCAAGAUUCUGAUUAUGGACGAACUUAUGCCCGAUGCUGAAAAGAUGACUCUCUCUACUGCCCGAACACAGCGGCUAAUGGAUAUGGCAAUGCUUGCUCUCGGAAAUUCGAGAAUCCGCGACGAGCCCAGCUGGCGAGCAUUGUGCCAAGAGGCUGACAGUAGAUUCCAGCUUGAAAAGGUCACUCAUCCCGAGGGAUCAAUGCUGGCGUUGAUGGAGGUCGUUUGGACACCGUGA